AUGCGCCAGCCAUCUGCUAUGAGCGCCAGUAGACUGAUCUCGUCAGGCUUUCACGGCCCAGUAUACCCAGAAACAUAUCUGGAGCUUGUCAAGCACAACAAAUCAGGACUAUCGGCUAUAUAUCCCAAUCGACGUCGACAGGCUAAUAAUGUGCCUUCCGCUGCCUUCGGCCAUGGCCUUGCCCCAGUUGCUUAUGACACCUUGUCCAUCGACUCCACCAGACUUGCUUUGAUCAACUUCCUUCCACUUUUCAAGACCAAACCGUCCCACGCGUCUGAGGAGAGCCCUUGCUGGGCGCCGACCGAAUCUGUCGAAAUCCGUUGUGCGCCCGUCGGCGAGUCGGCAAGCUCUGGCAGGAUACAUAACCCAUAUCUCGCUCGCCCAUCCCGCCAACGAGUGAUUUGCUACUUUUGUCGCACACGAGACUUCCCUUAA